UGAAUAGGCAAUGUAAACAUAUCCUCUACACAAACUGACCUAGGCCAGGAAAUCCGAGGACGUAACUGACCUAAGUAAAUCCCCAGAAAAGCAUCCCAGGUCUUGGACAAUAUUAAGAAUGAAUAAGUAACCCAGUCAUUUCAACGGAAUGGAUCCAAAUAUCGUUAGUUAAGUCGUUCGAAAAAUAAAGCAUUCCGUCAAUUGCUAGUCGUAGUCUUCGCUAAACUUUUCAGUUUAUAUCAGUUAGAAUUGCAUAUUGUAUUUAGAUUCCUGCAACAAUUGGGCAUAAGCUAAGGCAAAUUAACCAUGCAUACUUCCCAACAUCGCUCGCUUAAACUAUAAAUGGUUGUGAAAUGUAGAGUGUUUGAGUAGGACUUUAAAUAAGAAAUCGUAGUUGACUAUAUCAUUACUACCAGUGCUUUCUCCAAAAAUUCCUUAGUUAAGAUAGGCAUUACGUCUACAAAUUAAAUGACGCAAACAAGACUGUAGUUGUCUGGCCAGAAAUUAAAUAUUAACAGUGAGCAGUGAAAAAUUAAGAAAGUGCGCUAUACAAACAUACAAAAUUAUUAAAAGUGCUGGAAAAUGUGAAAAAAUUGAAAUCUGAAUUGAAAACGUGCGAGUAUUGAGUUAAAAAACUGUUUAAAUGUUCUCCACACUGGCUUUGCCGCAUUGAACCUGGCAUCAUUUCUCUCAUCUAUGCGCAACUAAUUUGCAAUGAUGAGUUAUCAGAAAGGUCUCAAGGAUCCAAACUUGGACAGGCACACCAGUAAAGCCAAGUCCCGGCAUUUCACGGUCAACGGUCUUCUGAGUGCCAAUAACACGCUCCAGCAGCAGCAGCAGAACCAGUACAACCUGCAGCCAUCGAAUGACAGUCGCAACAUCUACAACAACCCCUAUAUUCCGCCGCAGCAGCAGCAGCAGCAGCAGCAGCAACAGCAGCAACAGCUGCAGCAGCAGACGCAGCGCACCGCCCACCUGUUCAAGGCGCUAGCUGCCUCCGCUGGCGGCACCAACAGCCUGACCCAUCCCUACGACUUCUCCAACUCAUCGUCCUCCUCCAACGCCAACAAUGAGAACCAGGGAUCAUCCUCGUCGGAAGCGGAAAACGCCUUCCUAACUCAUAAUAACGGUGAGUCUCUAAUGGGGAAUGGACUUUACACUGGGUGUACGCCUUGCGUUUCAUUGUUAAUUAAUUAUUGAUAAAUAUGGGUAUAG